CCUCCACUCCACUCGCAGUGGGGCCGUUGCCAUUGCCAUUGCCGUGCCCGUGUCCGUGCCUGCCCGUAGCGGAAGUAAUAAAAAAAAUAGAAAAUAAAAAAGUUUCGUGGAAAACACCACACGCUAUACGCCAAUAACACGCUGCAGAGGCAGAGCGAAAGGCCACAAAACGCCUACAAAAGUGUACGUGCAAUUUAGAGCCAACGCCAACGGGGCAGGGGCAGUGUCAGUCAUGCCACUGGCUGACUCCAACAAGGAUCUGAGACAGCAGCAGCAGCAGCAGCAACAACAGCAACAACUGGUCGUCGGUGGCGGCAGCAACACCAAUGCCAGCAGUAGCAGUGGCGGCAGCAGCGCAAGCGCCAGCAACAACAACAAUGCAACCAUCAACGCCCAAGUACAGCUGGACAAUGGUGCCUCAGGGAUGGGAGUGGGCUUGCAGCUGCGCCAGCGCAUGCAGAUUACCUCCUCCGGAUGCAGUAGUCUGGCGGUGACGCCCAUGGAGCACACACCUACCGAUGAGGAGAGUGCUGGUGUGACAAUGGUGACAUCAUCGCAGCGUCGCCAGCACCAGCAACAGGUGCAACAACAACAACAAUCGGCUCUACAGGCAGCACUGGAACAACAUCACAUAUCGCCAACGGUCGAAACAGUUCCAACCGCCAACACCAGCGCCACCGUGACGGUAGCCACGCUAACCAUCACCACAGACAUGCCGGAGCAGAUGGAGCUGAGCGAUUCCGAGUCGUAUUGUGCGCCCGCAGAUGCGAUGAGCGCCAUGGCCUUCGAUUGCGAGAACGAAUUUGAGCUGCGCGAGGUCAUCAAGGAAGGUCACGACAAGGCCGAUCCCUCCCAGUUUGAACUGUUACGUGUCCUCGGCGAAGGUAGUUUUGGUAAGGUGUUUCUGGUGCGAAAAAUAAUUGGCAAGGAUGCGGGCACACUGUAUGCCAUGAAGGUGCUAAAGAAGGCCACCCUCAAGGUCAAGGAUCGCGUGCGCAGCACCAACGAACGCAAAAUCCUGGCUGAUGUGGGCCAUGCCUUCAUUGUGAAGCUGCACUAUGCGUUCCAAACGCCCGGUAAACUCUAUCUGAUACUGGACUUUCUGCGCGGAGGCGAUCUCUUCACGCGCCUGUCCAAAGAGGUCAUGUUCACCGAGGAGGACGUCAAAUUUUAUUUGGCCGAACUGGCGUUGGCCCUCAACCAUCUACACACCCUAGGCAUCAUUUAUCGCGAUCUGAAACCGGAGAACAUAUUGCUGGACGAAAACGGACACAUAGCGCUGACCGAUUUUGGCCUCUCCAAACAGCCGCUGGACGGCUCCAAAACGUACAGCUUCUGCGGUACGGUGGAGUACAUGGCACCAGAGAUUGUGAACCGCAAGGGUCACGACUUUGCCGCCGAUUGGUGGUCCUUUGGCGUCCUUAUGUACGAGAUGCUUACGGGAAAUCUACCCUUCCACGGCCAGACGCGGCAGGAGACAAUGAAUCAAAUACUUCGCUCCAAGCUGGGAAUGCCCGAGAAUCUUUCGCCGGAGGCGCAGUCGCUGCUACGAGCACUCUUUAAGCGCAACCCCCAAAAUCGAUUGGGUGCGGGCGCGCAGGGCAUACUAGACAUAAAGGCGCACUGCUUCUUUGCAACCAUCGACUGGGUGCGGCUGGAGCGCAAGCAAGUGCGUCCACCGUUUAUACCGGCAGUCUCGCGAGACGAUGCCUUCUAUUUUGAUGUGGAGUACACCUCGAAGUCGCCGCGCGACUCACCCGGUGGUCCUAUAUCGGCAUCGGCGCACGAGAUCUUUCGAGGCUUCAGUUUUGUGGCGCCCGUGCUGCUUGAGUCGCAGGGCACGCCGAACAGUUGCUCGAACAAUGUCAGUCCCCUGCACAACACCAACACCUCGAACACUUCCUCGGGCUCCGGGUCCGCCAUUACGACCACAAUGACAACGGGUGUGGGGGCGGGCUCUGGCGCUCACAUGCCACGGAGUCUACCUGGAGUACUGCCAGGAAAUUUUCACGCCGAAUAUAAUGUAUUACAGGAACUCGGUCGCGGCACCUUCUCUGUUUGCCGCCUCUGCGAGAACCGCUCCUCCAAGAAGCACUACGCGGUGAAAAUUAUUGAGAAGGCAGCAGUAGCUGCCGCUUCCACAUCUGCCGAUUGUUGGGAGGAGGUCGAGAUAAUGUUGCGGUAUGGCAACCACCCGAACAUUGUCACCCUUUACUCUGUCUACGAGGACACCAGCUCGGCGUAUCUGGUCAUGGAGCUGCUGAAGGGGGGCGAGCUCCUGGAUCGCAUUUUGGCCGUUGGCCAGAUGUGCGAGAGCGAGGCCAGCGCGGUCCUACGCACCAUCGCCUCGGCCGUGGCCUAUCUGCACGAGCACGGCGUCGUCCAUCGCGACCUCAAGCCCUCGAACAUGAUAUACGCGAGCAUGCGGCAAACCCCAGAGACCCUAAAACUGUGCGAUCUAGGUUUUGCAAAACAGCUGCGUGCCGAUAAUGGCCUGCUAAUGACACCCUGCUACACGGCCAACUUUGUGGCGCCGGAAGUGCUGAAGCGUCAAGGCUACGACCUGGCUUGCGACAUCUGGUCGCUGGGCGUGCUGCUAUACAUAAUGCUGUCGGGCCGCACACCUUUUGCCUCCACGCCGAACGACUCCGCCGACAUAAUACUGAAGCGCAUCGGAUCGGGACAUAUAGACUUCAGUAUCAGUCGCUGGGCUCUGAUCAGUGUGCCGGUUAAGGAGCUGCUGCGCCAAAUGUUGCAUAUUGUGCCCGAGAAUCGGCCGACGGCGGCGCAAAUACUGGAGCACAGUUGGGUGCGGGAUCAGUUCGCUGGGCAGGUGCAGCUCACAGAGUAUACGACAGCGCCUCCCCAACUUUCUCUGGGUGCGCAGCAGCAGCAGCACAAUCAUAAUUCGACGGCCUUGAGGGGCGCUGUUGAUGCCACAUUUCGUGCCAUUGCCAUACCACAGGCGGCCAAUGUGGGACCCGUUGAGCUCUCGAUGCUGGCAAAGCGUCGGGCCAAGGAUCGCGCCCAACUGCAUUCCUAAUCGUCGGCAUUUGUGUGCGUUCGGCGUCAAGUCAGGCGACAAGUCAGGCGGCAGCUAAUCCAAUUAGUUUAUAGGCUCUAUAGCAUUCUGAUGCAUUGCUGUGCAUUUCCCAAGCGCCUCAAGGAUUGGAUGUCGGGCAGACGUUGGUAUGCCCGCAACAACAACAAUAAUAAUAACAACAACAACAACAACAAUAACAACAAUUAGUACCAGAACAACAACAACAAUAGGAACAAUAGGAAAAGCUACGACUAUUGCUAUCGCUGCAAACUAAGGCGUCAGCAUUGUCGCAGUGCUAAGCUGCGUUUGGUUUAGUGCUCGCAUUCAAUGUCCUCGACGUGCUUAAGUGCAGCCAGUUGCGUCUUCUUUACUUUAAAAUGGCCGUACAUGCAACACACACACACACACACACGCGCGCGCAAUGUGCAUAUAAAGAUACAUACAUACAUACAUACUAUAUCUUCCAGUCUACACGGCAUUUGUGUAGCGCAAGCAAAUCUUAAAGUAUUCACAUAAAAGAAAAGAAAAGUGUUAAUUAUUUAUUUUAUAUAUUAUAUAUAUACAUAUAUAUUUAUAUAAUAUGAUUAUAAUAAUAUUAAUAAUAAUUAUAAUACAUAACUGAACAGCUAAGGCCAGGCUGCGGCAGCGGCUUCUAUUUAUAUAUAACUAUUUAUAUAUGUAUAUGCUAUUUACAUAUUUGCAUGCAUGUAUUGUAUAUGUGUAAACUAACUAAAUUUUUUAACUCGCACACAGACGAGCAAACACGCCCACAUCCAAACACAUUAACAGAUACAUGUAUGUACUAUGUACGCGUAGAUGUGCCGGGACGGAAGCGGGCGAGUCGUUGAGAUCUUUUUUUUACAACUUUGUCUCGAAACUAGCAACUAAAUUAUGAAAUACAUGUAAAAACAAAAGCGAAACUCUUUAAUUGUUGGCCAAAAAUCGUGCUAAAAACAAAACAAAUUGUCAUAACAAUACAUGCGUUUAUUGUAAACAAAGCAACAAAAAAAAGUAAAACAAUAAUAAAAACGAAAACAAGCGAAACUAAAAAAAGAAACUUAACCAACAAGAAAGAAAAGAAAAUGAAAUGAAACAAAAGAAUUACUUGCGUAAAUAUUUUAAAUCAAUUAUUGUAGCUGAAUUUUUCGACAUCACGUGUUAUUGUUGUUUAAUUAAUUAAAAAAGAAAUCCGAUAAUAUUUAUACAUGGAAAA